AUGGCAUCGCUUGAAAGAAGGAAACCACAAAAAUUUAAAGAGGAAACUGCCGAAAACGUUCAACAUGAGCAUGACCAUGCCCACGGACUUUUUGGGUUGGAUUUGGACAAGUCAAGCCACCACCACCCGUUGACAUCGUCAUCUCCUUCAAUGUUGAUUUACAAGCUUCCGCUCAGAGAAGCAAAAAGCCCUCCAAUCCCACUACACGUGUUUUCCCUCCACUGGACCGUCAUCAAAACCAGUUCAACUCGUCGUGAAGCCACAUCAAAGAAAUACCUCGACUUUAUCUCUCUGUCGCUUGGUUGGUACCAGGCAAGCAAUGGCGUCGACGAUUUCUCUGUACCACCUUCUCACUCUCCCGCUAGAUCUGUCCUUGUUAAUGGUCUUUUUGGCGGAAAGAAAGAAAAUGAUGAGAACAGUGAUGAUGCGCCUUCAAAGGCAGGAGUUCUUGGAAACAUGCAAAAUCUAUAUGAGACUGUGAAGAAGGCACAAAUGGUUGUCCAAGUUGAAGCAGUGCGGGUGCAAAAAGAACUUGCUGUGUAUGAAGCAAAGUUUGAUGGUUACUGCGAAGGGGAGUUAAUAAAGCUCUCUCUCUCUCUCUCCUUCUCUUCCCUUUGGGUUACUCUGUCUGGGAACCAGCAACCUGUUCGCACGGAGAUUACUAAGGCUGCAAUGGAAUUAGGACCAGAAAAACUUUCGCUUUUAAUUACUGAGGCAUACAAGGAUGCACACCAGAAGAGUGUCCAGGCUAUGAAGGAAAGGAUGAGCAAUCUUGCCCAGAGUGUAGGAAUGCCGCAAGGACUCACUCCUCAGUGA